AUGGGACAUUACGUCACACUUGCAACUUGUAACCUUAAUCAAUGGGCAUUGGAUUUUGAAGGUAACCGUGAUCGUAUUAUUCAAAGUAUUGUUGAAGCAAAAGCUCAAGGAGCAAAAUUGAGAGUCGGUCCUGAACUAGAGAUUUGCGGUUACGGUUGCUUAGAUCAUUUCGCGGAAAAUGAUUUGUAUCAACACAGUUGGGAAGUUUAUGGAGAGAUCUUGAAGAAUACAGAAACGCAUGGUAUUAUUUUGGAUAUCGGUAUCCCCGUAAUUCACAAAUCAAUUAAAUACAAUUGUAGAGUCAUUUCCUACAACGGUGAAAUCUUGUUGAUUAGACCAAAAUUGUAUCUUGCAAAUGACGGAAACUAUAGGGAAAUGAGAUAUUUCACUCCCUGGAACAGACCCAAGUACUAUGAAGAACACCAAUUGCCCAAAAAUAUCAGCAAAAUUAAUGGCCAAACUAGAGUCACUUUCGGAGACUGCAUUAUUGAAACGCUCGACACCAAAUUGGGGUGUGAGACUUGCGAAGAAUUGUUUACACCUCAAUCACCACAUAUUGCAAUGGGCUUGGACGGUGUUGAAAUCUUUACAAAUUCUAGUGGUUCCCAUCAUGAAUUGAGAAAAUUAGACACUAGGUUGCAAUUGAUAACCGAAGCUACAAAGAAAUGUGGUGGUGUUUACUUGUACGCCAACCAAAGGGGUUGUGAUGGCGAUCGUCUUUAUUACGAUGGUUGUGCUUGUAUAGUGGUUAAUGGUGAAGUUUUGGCACAAGCCUCCCAGUUUUCGCUCAAGGAUGUGGAAGUUAUAAGUGCAACAAUUGAUUUGGACGAUGUCCGAUCCUACAGAAACCAGAAAUCUGCCGGAAUUCAAGCUGUCAACCAGGACAAGACAUAUAAGAUUAUCGAGUGUUUAACAGAAUUAUCACCAAGCGAGGACGUUUAUGAUACUUCGGUUGUACCAACAAGACCACAGAAAAUUAGAUAUCACCUUCCAGAGGAAGAGAUUGCGUAUGGACCUGCGUGUUGGCUUUGGGAUUAUUUGCGUCGAUCCAAAUGUGGAGGUUAUUUCCUUCCCUUGAGUGGUGGUAUUGAUUCUUGUGCUACUGCAACGAUUGUACAUCUGAUGUGCAGAUUGGUCGUCGAGUCUAAAGAUGAACAGGUUUUGCAAGACGUGAGAGCUUUAGUUCGCGAUGAAACAUUUACACCAGCAACACCGCAAGAGCUUGCUGGUAAGUUAUUUUGUACAUGCUUCAUGGGAACUGAAAACUCUUCUACUGAAACCAGAUCAAGAGCAAAAGAGUUGGCUGAAAAAAUAGGUGCCUAUCAUGUUGAUCUCAAUAUGGACAACUUAGUCUCUUCAGUUGUUUCACUUUUCGAGGUUGCCACUGGUAAAAAACCAAUUUUCAAAAUAUUUGGUGGAUCUCAAACUGAAAACCUUGCACUCCAGAAUAUUCAAGCCAGAUUGCGAAUGGUUUUAAGUUACUUGUUUGCACAAUUGUUGCCUUGGACACGAGGUUUACCUGUCCCUGGUUUGUUAGUAUUGGGCAGUGCAAAUGUCGACGAAUGUUUACGUGGAUACUUGACCAAAUAUGAUUGCUCGUCAGCAGACAUUAAUCCCAUCGGUGGGAUUUCAAAAACUGAUUUGAAAAGAUUUAUUGCUUGGGCGGAGACUAAUUUCGAUAUGCCAAUCUUGCACGACUUCUUGACGGCCACACCAACUGCAGAGUUGGAACCAAUUACCAAAGAUUAUGUGCAAAGUGACGAGAUCGAUAUGGGAAUGACAUAUGAUGAGCUCUCUAGAUUUGGAAGGUUGAGAAAAGUAGAAAAGUGUGGUCCAUUGGCCAUGUUUAUCAAAUUGUACCACGAAUGGUCACAGCCCCCAUACAAUCUUACUGCAAAGCAAGUGGCAGAGAAAGUGAAACGCUUUUGGUUUUUUUAUGCCAUUAAUAGGCACAAAAUGACGACAAUGACGCCAGCUUACCAUGCCGAGCAAUAUUCACCUGACGACAAUAGAUUCGAUUUGCGUCCAUUCCUAAUUAACCCACGAUUCCCUUUUGCAAGUAAGAAAAUAGACAAAAUGGUUGAAAAAAUAGAAGAACGUCAAAAGGAAAUCGAAAAGAAUAAUUUGAGUGUUGACUAA